AUGCCGGCGACGCUGGUGCCUCUCCAGUAUGCGCCCUUUGUCUCCGACAUCGAGUUGGCCUUCUACUCGGCCCUGGCCUCGCUGAAGAUCAACCACGAUAAGCUCGAUUCCUCAGCACGAAAGGUGCUUGGGUUGUAUGAGAUCAGCCACAAAGAUGCUCCCGAACGAUCCACGCGCAUGCAAAUUCAUGGCACUGCUCUGACCAGCGACGACCCACCUAACGGCAUAUACCGCGCCGAGGGCCUCAUUCGCAACUUCAACACCAUCGAGGAAUUUCGCCAGGUCGACAAGGCUCAGCAUAUAGAGCGUGCUGGUCGCAUGAUCUGGGAUGCCAUCAAGGACGGCACCAUCUACUCGUGUCCCUCCCUCCUCUGCUCAUUCUCGGCCGUUUGCUUUGCAGACUUGAAGAAGUACAAAUUCACAUAUCAUGUUGCAUACCCUGCACUUCAUUCAGACCCACAGUGGAGAUUGGUCGCAGGCAGUGACGAUUCAGAAGACGCGAUACAGAAGUUGGAGGCGAAAGAGACGACAACCUUGGUUGAUGCGGUGCAAACAUGGCGAUACAGCGUCGACACACGGCAGCACGGCUUCUUCCUCGUCAAGCGGUUGCGGAAGACUGUGCUGGAACAGCAGUGGAAGGAGAAUAGGGGCGAGGUGGAAGAGGAAGCAGACGAUGGCAAUCUCAACUUCAAGGCGCAGACACGCAAGAAGUCAAGAUCCUCAAGCUUGACGGAACUCGGCUUCCUAUGGUGGGUCGGUUCGCUCUCGAGUUACGAGAAUGGCUUCUUCGACAAUGCGGAACCCGAGGAUCGAUUCGUUUGCUUCGCGGAUCCCUCGACCUUUACUCAAAACCCAGGCUGGAUGCUACGGAAUCUGCUGGUUCUUGUACGGCAGCGGUGGAAGCUGGAUAAGGUACAGGUGCUCUGCUACAGAGAUACACAUGCUCGACGGGAACAUCCAACUUCACUCAUCAUGAAUCUGCAAUCCGCAGAACCUGUCUUCGACUUCACAAACGAGGAGAAGCUGCACGCAAUGACAUCAAUGAGCGGGUCCACAGCCUUCUCGCCCGGACAAGUAGACCGAUUUGGUGAGCUGAUCCCAGAUAAGCCGAAAGAGGAGUCCAAGCCAACGACGCUUGCAAUAAGACCACCUCCAGAAAAGGCAAUCCAGUUCCCAAAGGUCACUGGGUGGGAGCGCGGUGAUCAGGGUAAGAUCACGUCCAGGACUGUUGACCUCGCAGCAUAUCUGGAUCCCUCAAAACUGGCGGAUCAAGCGGUAGAUCUCAAUCUGAAGCUCAUCAAAUGGCGGAUUUCGCCUUCAAUUGAUCUGGACAGUAUCAAGCACACCUCCUGCCUUCUUCUCGGAGCUGGAACACUCGGAUCGUACGUGGCGAGGAACCUAAUGGGCUGGGGUGUGCGCAAGAUCACCUUCGUGGACAACGGAAGAGUGAGCUACUCGAACCCUGUCAGACAGCCCCUGUACGACUUCAAGGAUUGUAAGAACGGCGGUGUUUGGAAGGCGACUCGAGCUUCGGAAGCUUUGUCAGAAAUCUACCCGGGUAUAGAAUCCCAAGGUGUGGUAAUGAGUGUGCCAAUGGCCGGGCAUCCGAUCCUCGACGAAGAGAGGGCGAAGCGCAGUUACGAGCAACUAAGGAAGCUGAUCGAAAGCCAMGAUGCCAUCUUCCUUCUCAUGGACACACGAGAGUCACGGUGGCUACCCACGCUAAUGGCCAAGGCAGCAGGGAAGAUCGUCAUCAAUGCCGCGCUGGGAUUUGACACCUACAUGGUAAUGCGGCACGGUAUGAGACUGCGUCCAAGAUCCGCAUCUCUAGCAGGAGGCUCAUCGAAGGAAGGAGAGGUUAUGGUCCAAGCCAACGACGAAACCGAUCCACUCAAGGCAGCCGCUUCGGACCCCAUCAAUCUCGUGACCAGCGGCGGCACCAACAUCGACCCAGAGGAGCUCGGCUGCUACUUCUGUUCGGAUGUCGUGGCGCCGGCAGACAGUUUGAAGGCAGCCACCCUUGACCAGCAAUGCACAGUCACACGGCCCGGCGCUGCACCAAUCGCUUCCGCACUCGCCGUAGAACUUCUGGUGAGCAUCACACAGCAUCACCUCAAAGGUCGCGCACCCGCACCACCAGCUCUCACAUCUACGGCAAUCGCUUCCGCACCCUCGACGAACCCUGAAGACGAGGGAAGCCAUCCACUCGGAACUGUACCGCAUCAGUUGAGAGGGUACAUGAGCACCUGGCAGACGCUGCAAAUCAAAGGCAAGGCUUAUGACUGUUGCGCUGCAUGUUCCGACGGGAUUGUGAGGGCCUAUGAGACGGAUGGUUGGGAGUUCUUGAAGAGGGCACUCGGCGAGAAGGGGUACGUGGAGAAGAUUAGCGGGUUGGAGGAGGUGCAGAGAUUGGCGGAGGAGGCCGCUCGUGCAAUGGAAGAGGACGGCGAAGAUGACUGGCCCGAGGAGGACGAGGAGGGGGAGAUGGUUUGA